AUGGAUGAUCUCCUCCUUCACCAAGCACUUGAAUCCCUGCAAUCUUCUCCCAUGUUGUUCAUUCUUCUUUUUCUACUCAUCAUUUCCUGGUUUGUUUUGUUCAUGUCACGCAGAAAACUCCCAUACCCACCAGGGCCAAGAGGGUGGCCCAUUAUUGGGAACAUGCUCAUGAUGGACCAACUCACCCACCGCGGUUUAGCUCAACUGGCUAAACAAUAUGGUGGGCUUCUCCAUCUUCAGAUGGGGGUCUUACAUAUCAUGGUCGUAUCAUCCCCGAAAGUGGCCCGAGAAAUCCUCCAAGUCCAGGACAGUUCCUUCGCCAAUCGGCCUGCAAAUGCUGCCAUAUCAUACUUGACGUAUGAUCGGGCCGAUAUGGCUUUCGCCAACUACGGCCCGUUUUGGCGUCGCAUGCGUAAAAUUUGCGUCAUAAAUCUGUUUAGUCGGAAACGGGCCGAGUCAUGGGCCUCAGUACGUGAGGAAGUUGAAGAGAUGGUUCGACAUGUGGCAACAAAAACCAGCUCACCGGUGAAUAUCGGUCAAUUGGUUUUCACUCUAACGAAGAACAUAACUUAUCGGGCAGCGUUCGGGUCAAGCUCCCAUGAAGGGCAAGGAGAGUUUGUGAAGAUUUUGCAGGAAUUCUCAAAGCUUUUUGGGGCUUUUAACAUGCAAGAUUUUCUUCCAUGGUUGGGUUGGGUUCAUGCACAGGCUUUUAAGGACAGAAUGGCUAAGGCUCGUAGGUCACUAGACGUGUUUAUUGAUAAGAUCAUCGAUGAUCACAUGGCUAAGAGGAAUACAAAUAAGGCCAAGAAAGAUGACAAUGAAGCUGAAACAGAUAUGGUGGAUGAAUUAAUAGCUUUUUUCAGUGAUGAUGCUGCAAAGGAAAGUGACGACCCCAAUUCUACCUUUAGGCUCACCAGAGACAAUAUCAAAGCUAUUAUCAUGGAUGUAAUGUUUGGAGGAACUGAAACGGUGGCGUCAGUGAUUGAAUGGACAAUGGCAGAGCUGAUGAAGAGCCCAGAAGAUCUCCAAAAAGUGCAGCAAGAGCUCAUCAAUGUUGUUGGCUUGAACCGUAGGGUCCAAGAAACUGACCUCGAAAACCUAACCUACCUCAAAUGUGCAGUCAAGGAAUCCCUCCGUCUUCACCCACCAAUCCCUCUUCUCCUCCACGAGACUGCAGAGGAGACUUCCGUGGCCGGUUACUCAUUUCCAGUUGGGUCACGGGUUUAUAUUAAUGCAUGGGCUAUCGCCCGUGACCCGACUGCAUGGGAUGAGCCAGAAACAUUCAAACCCUCGAGGUUUUUGAAAGAUGGCUCGCCCGAUUUUAAAGGGAGCGACUUCGAGUUCCUCCCAUUCGGGUCGGGCCGUAGGUCGUGCCCGGGUAUGCAAUUGGGGCUGUAUGGGCUGGAGAUGGCUGUGGCCCAUCUUCUUCAUUGUUUUGCAUGGGAGUUGCCUGAAGGAAUGAAGCCUAAUGAGCUUGACAUGAAUGAUGUUUUUGGCCUGACUGCACCCAAAGCAGUUCAGCUUGUUGCUGUGCCGAGUUACAGGUUAAAUUGCCCGCUUUGAAUAG